UCCAAACUUACUCCAUUGACACCGUCUCUUUGUCACCUUCCCACCAAAACCCAGAAUUUUCUCAUACGUAUAUAGGGUAGCUGACGGGUAAAGGGGUCCUCAAACAGAUUUUGGCGUCUGCUGCUCGCUUGAAAAGUACUAGCUACAACAAGAAAAACCCCUCUUCCUCCUCGUCAUUCUUCUAUUCAUCGUAUACGUUAAUCCAACAUAACACAACCCAAACCCCCUUCUGCUAUAAAAUCAUAUAUUAAACACUUUAGUGUUCGAAUUUCAAUGAGCCUCACUCCUUUCUCUCCUCCCUCCUUAACCGACCCAAAGGUUGGAGGAGAUAGUGUCUGAAUUCCAUUAUCAAGUUCUUUGGAUUAUUGCUUAUAGUGUUAGAAAUGGGAAAGCACUUAUGGACUGAAUCCGAAGACGAGCUAUUUGAGGUUAAUCGUCCAAGCUGCAUGUGGGGAAUAAUUCAUGCUCUUGAUUGGCAUAACAGUGUUAAGAAGAUGCUACCCCACAAAAAGCAUAAUGGACCAAGACAUACCAAAGGCUAUGGCCGACCAAAAACAAGAUUGAAUGUCCAGGGUUUGGAUGAAGUGGAAAAUCUGCUGGAUGCUGAAGGAAGUCACUUCAUUAUUGAUCUGAGUACCACAAAAGCUAGCCCAACCAGAACCAACAAAAGGUCUCUCAAAGCUCGCUUAAAAGCAUUAGUUUUUGAAGAGAUUUCUAAAGAAGAGAGCUGCAGACGAAGGGGUUCAGGUUCUCCUCUACGAUCACGGUUGCAGCGAACUUAUUCAAUCCAUCACCGUGAAUCUUUUGAUCAUGGUCAUAAUGGAGAAAUAAACGGUUGGAGUCGCCCACUUGAUUUCCUUCACAGCAAUGCUGACAAUGACACUAGUGCCACGAGAUCGCAGGACCAAGGCAACACGAAUGGCGCUGAAAAGUUUAAUGUGGGUGGUUCUGAUAAUGUUUUGGAAUGCUUGGAGCAUGAACAGCUUGCUGAGAACCACACACUUCGCCCAGAGAAGUGUGAAAUGGAAAAGGAAACUUCAGUAAACCAGAAACAGACGGAAGAUAACCAGCAAAAUGGAAAUGCUUCGCAUUACGAGUGUAAGGCGUAUGUGGAUGUUCUGGAAAUAUUUAGGGUAAACAAGGACAUGUUUUUAAAAAUUCUGCAAGACACAGAUGAUGGUAUUGAAGAUUGCUUCCAUAAUCUUCAGGCUUCUGAAACGCAAGCAAGAUUAACUAAAUCAGGGUCAUAUCCUACAGCUGAUGUGUCAAGAACUAGAAAUUUUAGAUCUAGUACACUCAAAAACAAACAGAAUGAAGUUUGGUCCUUCUCAAAGGGAGAGAAGUUGUUCGCUGGUGCUCAGGCACCAAGGUUAGUUGCAUCCAAGUUUCCAAAGGAUCUCUAUGCAAAGUCAGAGGUUCUCAUUGCUGAUGAUAUUGGAGGCAAAAUGAGAAAUCAAGAUGCAUGUUUUUCUUCUACAGAUUCAACUCAGGGACAGAAUAAGCAAAUGAGUAAUACAAACAUGUCCAGCAGUAGUUAUGAAAUUGAUGGUUCUGGUUUUUAUCUCAGAAAGGGUACACCAACCCAUAGAAGAAUGUCCUCUGUAAACGAAUCACUGGGAAGAUAUGCUCAGUUGUUUCAGAAUAGUUUCAGCAAAGAGGCCAAGUUGAAUCACGCUAGUAGCUUAAAAUUGACAAAUGAAUAUGAGAUUCCAUCAGGUGGCCACGCUCCAAUAUCCUUCAAAAGGGUUCGCUCCCUGUCUCUAUCUCAUCUUGAUUUUAAUUCUUCCCUUCAGAGUGAGCCGCACUGCGACGCCCAUCUUUCAGGGAUACCAAUUACGACAGUUGUUGAUAGGAGUGAAAAUCUUGAAAGUGAUAGUCAUGAGUAUGAUGAGCUGAAGCGGUGUAAUCUUCCUGUAAGUACAGAGAAAUGUGUUCCACUAGAAGCUAAUGAAGAGACUGAGUGUCUCCAGAACAUUGUAGAAAAAAGUGAGGAACAUCUAGCUAGCUUGAUGGAACAUAUAAAUGAGCAUGUUACUGAUGAGAUGCUUGGGCUUGAUGAGGAAAUGGAUGAGCAAACAGUUGGGGAAAGCAAUUUGGACAAAGAACCGGAAAUUACUUCAGCAGAGAUUGUUAUCAAUAAUCUUCCGCAACCAAGUCCAGUUUCAGUUCUUCUGAACUGUAUCCAAGAAGAUGAAAUCAGCCCUACUGAUCUUCCAACCUCAGAAGGUUUGGAGCACAGAUGCAAUUUUGCUGAUGAGAAAGAAUCUUCAGUUGACUCACAAUAUAGGUCCAAGAGUGUUAAGAAUCACAGUCGUAUUGAAUUAUGUACAAAUGAUAAUGCUGACUUCAAUUAUGUGAGUGAUAUUCUUGAGUGCUCGGGCUUCAAUGAAAAUGGCUUCCAUGGACCAUGGUAUUCACAGGACCAGCCAUUGAACCCUUUGGUGUUUGACGAAGUGGAAGAUUGCUGGCCUCAUGAAUCCCAACAUUAUGAAGAGAAAAUCUAUGCCUGUUUUCAUCACCAGCUUCUGUUUGAUAUAAUCAAUGAGGUUUUACUCCAGAUAUAUGAUAGUUCUUUCCCAUACUACCCAAAAGCAUUGUCCUCCAAUUGUCGCAUAUGUCCAAUGCCAGUGAGGUACCACGUUCUAGAUGAGGUCUGGGCAAGAAUUAGCAAAACCCUGAGCUUGAGGCCAGGGGCUGAUCAGUCAGUGGACCAUGUUGUCUCUCAUGAUUUGGGGACAGAUGAUGGGUGGAUGAACCUCCAGCUGGAAUCCGAAUGUGUGGCUCUUGCGCUGGAGGAUAUGAUUUUUGAUGAACUUUUGGAAGAAGUAAUGUGUUCUUGAGAUUCUUGGGGCCAUAUCAGGUCGCAAUUUUCAGGGUCGUCUUGUAUUUUUUUCCAGGCAAGCCUCGUUACACAAAGUUUUGCGUUAAGUCCAUUGUGUGUAAAUAGUGUGUUCUUGUAGUAUAGGAAACUCUACGGUCCAUUUGAGUGUGAAAACUUUGUAGGGUUAGGGAAAAGAUGAAAACUUGGAAUCCAACAAUAGCUAUCCCGGCUGCUACAUGUUAUAGGAUUCCAAGCUUUCUUUUUAUUUGCUAUUCGAGUAUUUGUUGCCAACAUUCAUAGAGUUAUAGUUGAUAUGAAUGUAUAGGAUGGCUUCUAUAGUUGUUGAUUUUUGUUAUAGAGAAAAUUAGUUGAUUUCUUGUUUAACGUAAUUGAUUGAAGUUUUGUAGUUCCCCAAUG